AUGGACUCGCGCACGCCCACCCCCGAGCCUGGCCCUCGCGACCGGCUCCCCAACCUGUUCGAAGUGCUCUCGCGACAAACCCUCGCCCCCGUCGAUCUAUUCUCCUUCUACAUCUACAUGCGAGAUGUGCAGCGUAGUGUUGACUACCUCGACUUCUGGCUCGAUGUCUCCCAGCACAUGUCUCUCUGCCGGCAUUACGUCCGCGAACUGCGUCGCUCCGUCCUCAUCUCCACCCCCGACUUGGAAAAGGGCGCAGGCUCCAAGCGCUCCUCCCAGAUCCUCGACCAGUUCGAGCGGCACUCAUCCGAGCAAGGGCCGAGCGGAACGAACAACACCAAGCGACAGAGCAAUGACCAGCGGCUGUCCGCAUUCUUGCGCAAUGAAAACGGAGCAGCUGGCGCGCCGACGGAAAGCAAAUACUCUACACAAGACAGCAACGCGAGCCAGCGGAGUGGCUCCAAUCCCUACGACCGCACGCCGCCCACCCGCACACCCACCGAGCAACCUCCCAGGCCCAGUUUCAUGACUGGCGGCACGGGACAUUCCAGUUCGCCGGCGAACAUGACGAGCGAAGCCAGCCCGCAAACUACUGUAGCCCGAGCAGACAUUCGCUCGUCAGCCGAAAAGAUUCUCUACACCUUUUUACUACCAGGCGCUGAGCGAGAGAUUAUCCUCCCGCAAGGCAUCCUCAACGAAAUUACCAACAGCAUCGAGCGGGAAGGUCGCGACGACCCAGAGGUCUUUGACGCCGCUAAGGACUACGUCUUCCAGGCCAUGGAGCGUGAUGCCUUCCCCGGCUUCCUACGCGCCAAAGCACUCGGCAACAUUGUGCCGCCGUCGAUGAUGCUACGCCUGAUCAUCGGCCUCGUGGCUCUCUUCGCCGCCUUCUGGACGGCCUUUGUGCUGAUCUUCCUGAACAUGAGCAGAGCGUCGCGGUGCGGGCUGAUCCUCCCCUUCACCAUCGGUGUCUACUCCCUGGCCAGCCAUCAAUACAUGCUGGAUCCUCUCUUAGCCCUCGCGGGCUACAGCGAGUACACGUUCAUGAGCUUUGCUCGCAUCACGGAGUCUUUCGUACGGAAACUACUAAACAAACGCUCCCUAAUGUGCUUGAUGUGGAUCACCAUCAUUGAUGUGGCCUUGUGCUGCUUGUUCAUCUUUGUACCGGGAAAGCGACUUUGA